AAUUAUAGAUAAGGGUUUCAUGGACUUUCCUGCUUGGGCUGGCUUUGAUUCUUGAUCCUCAUAUUUCAGUCUCCUGAGUAGCUAGGACUACAGGAGUGAGCCACCGGUGGCCAGCUAGCUUAAGCAAUUUUAAACAUUGGUUACCUCACGGAUUCUGUGGACUGUGACUGUGUUGGUUAUUCUGGCUCCAGAAUCUCACAAAUUCAUCAGGGCAGCUGUUCUCAGAAGUCUGGACUUGGGCUAAAGCAUUUGUUUUCAAGGUGGCGACAAAUUAGCAUUAGCUGUGGGCAGUGUUCUCCCUAGGGUUCGUGGCAUGCCUGCAUAGUAUGGCAGGCAUCUGGCUUCACUCACAGUGCAUGCUCCAAAGUAUGUGAGAUAGAAGACCUGAUCUUGGAAGCUAUACACCAUCACUUCUACAGUGUCCUGCUGGUUAUUGAGAUCAACCCUUUUUAUUCUGAGAGCAAUGAAUACUUUCUCUACAAAAAGUAUGACUACUAGGACAUUGAUCAUUAGGGAUUAUCAUGGAGGUUGAUUACCACAGGGAUCCAGUGAAAAGCCAUCAGGUAAAUUAGAUUUACUUCCUAAGCCCACAGGUCCUGCUUCCAGAUACAUCUGUGGUGUGAGUGGAAAGAAUAUUGAGGAAUGGAAUUGCUGGACCUGCAGACUAUCUUGACCAUUCUACCCAGAGCAGGCACUAUCUGAAUGACAGGUCUAUGCUUAGAGGUCAUCAGUAGCUGUGACAAUGGACUUCUUGACCCAGAUGAUGCAAAAGAAAGCUUGGUGUCUGCAGGAUUCUGCACAUUCCAAGGAAGAAGAUACUACCAGCUCUCUUAAAACAGUGGCAUUUCAGGAUGUGGCUGUGGACCUCUCCCAGGAGGAAUGGCAGCAGAUGAAACCUGCUCAGAGGAACUUGUACCGAGAUGUGAUGUUGGAGACAUAUAGGAAUCUAGUCACAGUGGGUUGUCAAGUCACCAAGCCAGAUGUGAUCUUCAAGCUAGAACAAGAGGAGGAGCCAUGGGUGAUGGAAGAAGAGAUGUUUUGGAGACAUUCUCCAGAGUCCAGAAGAAGAGACAAGAAGUACUGUGUAUUUGAAGUCAUGGUGAACGGCUUGAGAUUCAAUGAUGUGGUCAUUUACUUCUCUCAACUGGAAUGGGAACACUUAAACUCUAUUCAGAAAGAUUUGUAUCGAGAUGUAAUGCUAGAUAACUACAACAACCUGGCCUCAUUGGGACUUUCUGAUAUUAAGCCACGUGUGAUCUCCUUAUUGGAGCAGGGGAAAGAGGCCUGGAUGGUUAUUAGGAAGACAACAGUGUGGCAUCCAGGAGCUCUCAUUCUCUUUCCCCUAGAAAUUGCAACAAGAAAAUACCUCUGCUUUCUUUCAGACUGUGAAUCUAGAAGGGUAACCAAGAAUAUAUCUCCAAAGGACAGUUCUUUCCACUUGCAAUGGUUUACUCUAACAACAAAAAAACAUACACACUCCUACCUCGACGGCAGCAGGCUCCCAGGUCGAUUGGAGCUGGAGAAUCGAGCGGAGCCUCGGGAGGGACACCUGCAACAGCCAGGGAAAACUUCGGCAGAAAGGCCCGCUUCUACUCAGCAUUCAACCCCGAAAGGCCCUCCGACACAUCAUACUGGAGAGAAAUCCUGUGAACGCACCAAGUGUCAGAAAGCUGUCAGGAGCCAGUCCCAUCCCAUUCUGCAUGGGAGAACUUGUGGUAAGGAAAAGGACUGUGAAUGCCAAGAGUGUGGGAAAAUCUUUGAUAGUGAGUCCAGCUUGAUUAAGCACCAGAGAGUUCAUAGAAGCAAAAAGGGCACUGAACAUAAGAAAGGGGCCCCAGACCAUGCUAAAGCUCAUAAGUGUAAGGAGUGUGGGAAAGCCUUUCAUUCUACCUCACAACUUAGACAGCACCAAAAGAUGCAUGCAGGUGAGAAACCCUUCAGAUGUCAGGAGUGUGGGAAGGCGUUUUCCUCUAAAGCCCAACUGAACCUUCACCACAGAGUCCACACAGAUGAGAAGUGCUUUGAGUGUAAGGAGUGUGGGAAGGCCUUUACCCGCCCCUCGCACCUUCUCCGACACCAGACUAUCCAUACAGGUGAGAAGCCCUAUAAGUGUAAGGAAUGCGGGAAAGCCUUUCGCUAUGACACACAGCUUAGUCUCCAUCAGAUCACUCACACUGGGGAGAAGCGCUAUGAGUGCAAGGAGUGUGGCAAUGUGUACAGCUGUGCCUCCCAACUGAGUCUGCACCAGAGGAUUCACACGGGUGAGAAACCCCACAAGUGUAAGGAGUGUGGGAAAGGGUUCAUCUCUGACUCCCACCUCCUGCGGCAUCAGAGUGUUCACACGGGGGAGAAGCCCUACAAGUGUAAGCAGUGUGGGAGUGCCUUCCGGCGUGGCUCGGAACUGACUCGCCACCAAAGAGCUCACGCUGGGGAGAAGCCCUACAAAUGUAAGGAAUGUGGAAAGGCCUUCACAUGUAGCACAGAACUAGUGAGACAUCAAAAAGUUCACACUGGUGACAGACCCCACAAGUGUAAGGAAUGUGGAAAGGCUUUCAUUCGAAGAUCAGAACUUACCCAUCACGAGAGAAGCCACACUGGUGAGAGGCCCUAUGAAUGUAAGGAGUGUGGGAAGGCCUUUGGGCGGGGCUCAGAACUUAAUCGACACCAGAAAAUUCACACUGGUGAGAAACCCUAUGAGUGUAAGCAGUGUGGGAAGGCCUUUAUUCGUGGCUCUCACCUCAGUCAGCAUCAAAGAAUUCAUGCAGGACAGAGGAGUGAUUAAAGGGAAAAAGCCCGGUUUUGAUGUAACACCUAUGGUGAAAUUAUAUAACUAAGUUCUUCCAGAAUUAGGCAUCAGAAAUCAAUUGGUAAAAUGCUAGAAAAUUCAUGAAGUAAGAAAAAGUGGGCAUGCCUUUUUGGUGUCUUAGAACCAAGUCAACCUCAGAGAACUUAAAAUUAGAGAAAUGAACCUUCAGGGCAUCUCAACAUCAGGGUUACUCACCUGCUAACAGUGUUCUGUUUUAUUCUUGCCAGUCUUAGAACUUGCAUUCA